AUGGAGCAAGAGGUGGACAUUUGCGGAUCCAAUGACCCAAUGAAGAAUCCAGCGUUCGACUUUCAACUUGUGCUUCGAUCGAACAAAAUCUUUGUAGCUGGUGAAUGCAUUGAUGUUCCGCAAGAGAAAUCUCCGUUAAUGAUUUUGGGCAUGAAAUCUGAAUGCAAAGGGCAGGGUUGCCUGAGUUUCUCGGUUGCUACAGACAAGACAAGUCCGGAGACAACAGAAGUCGGAAUCGUAUUGCGCAACAUUUGCAAUUUAUUGAUGUACGAAACGAAACAUUCCCGUUUGAAUGUGCUUGUGCUGCAUCUCAAUGAAAAUAUCGCCGUCAAAUUGUUGAGCCAUAUGAAACUUAAGGAGACUAUCGACGGUCAAAUGGGCAUUCGAAAGCUUAAUCCUGCGGUGGCUAUAAGGAAGUUUCUCUUUCCGCUUAUCGAUUUUGGAGAUGGGGUGGCUCUCUUAACCAAAAAGAAUGGUUUGGCUGUAGACGAGCAUUUGUCAGCGAGUCAAUUGCGUUUCUUUUUACAAAAAGAGGUUUGCCAAAAACGAGAAUUUGACUUAACUCAUAGACCCAACCGCGUCGCAUACCCCACCGAUACGAAUCCCAGAAAUAAAAAUGAAUUUUUUGAGACUCUGUCGUCGGAAAGGUUCUUUGAGUUGCUUGAGAGUGCUGGUUUUACGCUUGAUACUUCUAUGGAAAAUAUUUGCCCAAAGGUUAUUCCCGAUGCUGACAUAAAUCCCACGGAAUCUAUAAAGGAAUUUCUUAACGGUUCAAAGGGCCACGUGGAAAAGUUCCUGCAAAAGGAUUUCUUACAACGGGUGCCAAAUGGUUUACAAACGGAGCAACACAAUAGAAAGCAUUUGCACGAACAACAACCAAUGGCAGUGCUUGAAACCAAUAUGCCAAAUAUUUCAAUAAAUUUGCAAGAGCCGGCGCAAAGAGCUUCACGAAAGAGGUGCCAGGAAAUGACUCUUGACGACAGUUUCGAAUCAAUUACACCACGAAAAAUGGAUCUAAAGAAUAUGUCUGAUGGUAGCGUCUCAAAUGCGUCCCUUCUAACGUAUCCAUCGAAAGGAUUAGAUCGCAUCACAAUCGUUUACCACGAUAUGAGAACGUUGCACUUUGACGAGAUGUUGAAUGACACGAUAGUCGACUUUUGGAUGUCUUACAUCAAGCUAAAUAUCUUGGAACCAGAAAGCCGAGACAGUGUGCAUCUCUUUUCGACAUUUUUCUACAAAAAGUUGACGGAGAAGAUCGAUCGAAGACAUCUAGCCAAGACUGUACGCUCUUCAGAGUUAAGAUUUCAAACUAUUGCGCAUAACUUCAAGCAAAUUUCGAAGUGGACCCGUAAAGUGCAAAUCUUUUCGAAAAACUUCAUUGUGAUACCAGUCGUCGAAGAUUUGCAUUGGUAUCUCGCGAUUGUUUAUAAUCCUAUUGGAAUGGUUAAUAUGACAGAGGGUCCAUUUGAAAACAACGUUGAUACCAGAAAAAAAGGGUCUUCGAGAUCGCAGCCAGAAUCGUUCGUGAUCAUAUUCGACUCAUUAGCUGAUGAGGAUCCAAAGAGGGAGGUGCUCGUUGAUGUUCUGCGGGAUUACUUCGAAUUAGAAUUCCAAGAUAAGAGGCCGUUUCCUGGUGCAAAAUUUGAAAGAACGCGUUUGGGUUCUAUUAGUCCGGCCAAUCUCCCACAGCAGUCCAACUUCAUCGAUUGUGGUCUCUACAUUCUAAAAUAUGCUGAGUCCUUCCUUUCCAAACCCCCAGAUUUAAAGAGCAUUCAAGACUUUGAUUGGAUGAAGGAAUACCCACUAUUCUCGCUGGACAUGAAUUUUUGUCGGGAAACUAUUCGGGCUAAAAUUAGACAAUUGGUUCCAAAGAAUGACUGGGAGAGAUUUCUUACCUGGGAAGCGGCAAACAAAUUUUCCCCAAAUCCGUCGACAGGCGAAAGCUCAGCAAGCAUACAAGCAAAACACGAGAAAGGAGUUUUGGACAGAGCCAGAAGACCACGUCGCUAUACAGAACUUGGAAUGGACCAACUGCCAAAGCUGAGUAGAAAGGAGAAUUAUUUUGGGAAUUCAAUUUCAGUGAGAAGUGCUUUUAAAAGG